UGUGUGACAGAUAACUGUAUCUCAUAGCAUUCUUCUGCUCCAUGUUGGAUCAGCUUCCUGAGGAUUGCCAACAUGAGCUUUCGAAAACGCACGUUCAAGUGGUUGGGCAGCCUCACCAGCCUUUCCCUCCGGUGGUCCAAGGACUCCAAGGCCCCUCGCCAGUCACAACAGCCAGGCAAUGGAUCAGCAACCGGUGAUGAAGACCGCGAUGACGGCCGCGCCGCCGGCCCCCUCUCUCCGGUCUCUGAGACCACCAUGGAUGACAUGGGGGCCAUGCGUCCGCGUACCACAAGCUACGCUCGCUCCAGCGACAACUACACACACAUGGGGACCCUGCCACGUCUGCUGUCAAGGAAGAAGAAAAAGAAGGAUAAAGGUGGGGCCAGCAGCAGUACGAAAGAGAAGAACACGCCCCCAAGGGCCCAGAAUGCAACAGUUCCAUUGACAUGUGACCCUAACGUCCCUCCGCCCGCAGACAAGCCGGCGACAUCCAAAGAAACCGAAAAAUCCGAGAAGGAGGCCAAAGACACGAAACAUGAUGAGCCCAGCGCACCAGAAGCUCCCACGGUCAAUGCCGUGACCCCAUCCGAGGUGACAGAGGGUAUUGAUGGUGUAGUAAGCCAUCCUAACCCCCCGACAACCCAGGGUACCUUCAAAGAACCCAUAAGAGAUGAGGAGGAAGGCGAGAAAACGGAGAAGGGGUCUGAAGCGGAGAAAAUAUCUGACAACGUUUCUAGCCACACGGAUUCGUCUGAUCCCCAGGGUGAAUACGUCCAGUUCUCCAAAGAGAAGUACCUGCUGGAGUCUCCACCGGAGAAGCUGGGCAAGGAGCUGGAGGAGGAGCUGAGGCUGAGUCCUUCUGACAUCAGGAGCCACGGCUGGUACCACGGACACAUCCCCCGAGAGGUGGCUGAGACUGUGGUGCAGCGUAACGGGGACUUCCUGGUGCGGGACUCCCUGACCAGCGUGGGGGACUACGUCCUGACCUGCCGCUGGGACAACGAGGUGCUCCACCUGAAGAUCAGCAAGGUGCUGGUCAAGGCCAGUGAGACCAAGGUCCAGUACAUGCUGGAGGCUGGGGACGGCUUCGACUCGGUGCAGGAGCUGGUGCGCUUCUACGUGGGCCAGAGGCGGGCCGUGGUCCAGCCAGGCGGGGCCCACAUCUACUGCCCCGUCAGCCGCACCCUGCCGCUGCGCUACCUGGAGGCCACCUUCGCCCUGGCCCACGGCAAGCACGCCCACUCGCCGGCCAGCCAGCGCGGCGGCGGCGGCGGCGCCCACAUCAAGAGGCGGAGCGUCACCAUGACGGACGGCCUGACCACCGAGAGGAUGAUCUCUCACAGCGACCCAGACAGCCCCAGUCCAGUCGAAACCCCGGUGACAACGCCGGCUGAGCCGUUGCCUAAGCCCAGCCCGUGCAGCCCGUCCACCAUCCACCACCACAAGGACGCCAUGAGGAACUGUGCCAUGAGCAUGGACCAGAUCCAGGAGUACCACUGCCCCCUGUCGCCGGUGGGGGAGACCCCGCUGUCCCCGGCCUACAGCGCCAUCACCAGACACAGAGCCCACUCCAGUGGGCGUGUCCUGGCCGCCAUCCCGCCCUCCCCAGUGCUGCGGCGCUCCAGCGACCCUCAGCUCAGCCCCUCGGCCGACGGCAGCCCCCCCCCGGAGCUGCCCCCCCACCACACCUCCCACUCCGCCCACUCCUCCCCCGCCCACCGCGCCGCCUACCCGCCGCACCCCACCCAGGAGACGGGGGGCAGCUACUGUGACCUGCGCCCCUGCCCGGCUGGGGGCGGAGGAGGGGCCGGGGGCGCUCCACCCAAGCCCCCGGCCAAGGGCUACGUGGAGCGGCUGAAGCUGGAGGAGGGGGGGGCCGUGGAGGCCGGCCGGCAGGGGGGGGGGGGGUUCAGCGCCCCGCACAUGGAGACGGCGUCCUCCUUCAGACCGUCCAGGUAUGAGUCCAGCCUGAUGCCCACUGAGAACAAGCCUCUGGAGAUGUCGGUGCUGAAGAGAGUGAAGGAGCUGCUGGCCGAGGUGGACGCACGCACCGCAGCCCGACACAUCACCCUGCUGGACUGCAAGGUUGCUAGGAUACUCGGUGUCUCCGGUGAUAUGCAAAAGAUGAUGGGCGUGGCGUCUGGGCUGGAGCUGCUCACUCUGCCCCAUGGACACCAGCUGAGACUGGACCUGCUGGAGAGGUUCUACACCAUGUCCAUCAUGGUGGCGGUGGACCUGCUGGGCUGCACGGGCAGCACGGAGGAGCGCGCCGCCCUGCUGCACAAGACCAUCCAGCUGGCGGCCGAGCUGAAGAGCAACCUGGGCAACAUGUUCGGCUUCGCCGCCGUCAUGAGGGCCCUGGAGAUGCCCCAGAUCUCUCGCUUGGAGCAGACGUGGGUGACCCUCCGCCAGAGGCACACGGAAGGGGCCAUUUUGUACGAGAAGAAGCUCAAGCCAUUCAUGAAGAACAUGAACGAUUGCCAAGAGAACAGCGCGCUGUCCAACACGGCCUUCCCCCACGUGGUGCCCGUCCUGUCCCUGCUGGAGCGCUCGGUCCCGGCCGGCGACGGCCCCGAGCCCUGGGAGAGCGUGGAGGCCGGCGUGGACGUGGUCAUGUGCCACCUGGAGGCGGCCCGCGCCAUCGCACACCACGGAGCGCUGUACAGGACCAACGCCGAGGCCCGGCUACAGGGCUUCCAGGAGAGGCCUGAUGUUCUGGAGAUCUUCCAGACCGAGUUCCAGAUGCGUCUGCUGUGGGGGAGCCGCGGCUCGGAGGGCAGCCAAUCAGAGCGCUACGAGAAGUUUGACAAGGUCCUCACCGCCCUAUCACACAAGCUAGAGCCACCCGUACGGCAGAGCGAGCUAUAGCACCUACCCACCACCACACCACGGCCCCCAAGCCCCAUCGCUAUCAACACCCCCCCCCCCAUCUAUACCCUAUCAAUCAUUGUAGUAAGGUCCUGCUUUGCAUUGCAGCAAAUGAUGCGGAAGAGUCCACGGUGAACACACGCGGGGGGAGGAGAACCAAGAGGCAGCUAAAAAAGUGACAUUGUAGUGAGGACUCUGGGAAACGCAGCACGGGCCCCUGCUGUCCGGCUGGGUAUUCCCAUCCAGGAAUAACCCACUUUUUGUUCCACCAUGCAAACUAAGACACGGGAGGGGGGACUGAGCAGAGAGGACUCAGGGGGACACGGGAGACCCCGAGAAGAAGGGCCCCCAAAGGGCUUCGCCGAGCUAGAGAGUUUUUGCCUUUUCGCCACAACAAACACACACCUUUUCCUUUGGAUGACUGUGGUCACAGCAGCACUGUAGCAGAGACAAUGGCGGUAUCAUUUCCAACAUCACUCGUUUUAGGAUGUCGUGUCGGUGACGCGUGUGUGCGUGUGUGUGCAUGUGUGAGUGCAUGUGUGCACAUUCCUUUCUUUUUGUAUGCAUCAUUCAGUGUUUUCCUUUGGGGUUAUUUAUUUGUUUUCACAGGUAAUACCGAUACCGUGGGUCUGCUGGUUGUGCGCUCCAGGUAGCCAGGCCAUUAAUAUUGUUCAGUCGAGUGUAUCCGCCAUUACAGAACUCAUUACCUCCCAGUGAAACUGCAUCAGGCAUGCGUUCAACAUGUAUUAUCCAGCAUUGAGACAUUUAUAGAACUAAUGCAGCAACUUCCAAUACGAGGGCUUGUGCGUUUUGAGACUGAAUAUCCCGGAGGAUCACGUGAGUUCACCUCUGUUGUAGCGGAAAAACAAAAUGGAGUGAUUCUGCGUUUGGUUUCAGCGGUUUGAGUGGUUUGUGUUGCACACGCACUGUAGCCUAGCGAUAGAGAGAGAGAUACACGAGCACUGUUGAUUGCGAGAAUGUUUUGUUAUAUUGUCAAAGCAAUAUUUCACUUUCACAUACAACCAUUUAAUCCUUGGGGAUAAUAUGCUUGGUAAUAAAUGAUUGACCUUGGUUAUACAAAAGAAUAAAAUGGUGAAAUGAAUAUCGUAACAUUUACCCUCACUGUUGAUAAUAAUAAUAAUCAGAACAUAUUACAGGUAAAAUGUAUGACACUGUACGCUAGUAAUAAAGUGAAGUAUACUCUUAAGUAAUAAAAUGAAGUUUACUCAAUAGUCGCAAAGUGAAGUAUUGCUUUAUAUGCAUUGAGAUGGGGGAUGUUACUAACAGUGAACAAAGGACUCUUGAUCACAUUAAUGAUUUUUUUUUUACGUUUUUUAUUAAUAAUUCUGUUUUCAUAAUUUUUUUCUAUCUCAAAAUGUGAAUGACAAGCAUUACCCAAAUAUACAAAGUGAAAACCAGAGUUCAAUCCAAAGCUGGAACAUGAGUGUUGAUAGAUUGGUUGUGUCACAUUUCCGAUAAGGUAAUAGAAUGGAUAUGGCGAUGUAAUUGUAUCAUUAUCAGUGUAUUCAAGGUGAUCAAUGAUUGACCAAUAAGAAUGCUGUACGUGUCUAUGGGCCUGAUGGUUUCAACCAAUCAGGGAGGAGGGCUGCAACCCGUCUAGAGCAACGAUUAGUCUGCCUUUCUAUACCGUACAGCUUCCACUUUUUAUACCAAAUUACUAAUCAAUAGACUGAUCAAUAAGAUCAACUCAUUUCACUAGGUGUCAUAAUGAUUAGCCUUUACAUUAGUCAUUUCACAAUGUCUAGUUUUUGUCACUUCACAAGUGCGAAUGUUCACCUAGAUGCAUGAUGGAGAGAUCAACUCCAGCUCAUCACAGCUGAUUUACACUGCACUUGUGAUGUCACAAAGGGAUAUAUUUAGAUCCGUCCUGUAAUGACUCAUCACCAUGACACCUCAGAGAAAGGUUACCUCCUACAGUAGAUGCUGUUUAAUAGGAACAGACUUUGUCUAAAUGCUUGCAUAUUUGGAAUUGUAAAACUGAUUGGCUUUCACUGGCUUUAAAUAUUUAAUUUAUUUCCACCUGAUGGAAACCGAGUUCUAGAACCUUCCAGGGGGGCUGUUUUUCAACGGGAGAAAAAGCGAACCAUGUGAAAUUGAAAAUGAUUGUGUACACCGGCAAACGCACGCUAGUGUGUGUCAAGAGACCACUUAGAUCCCUACUGGUUUAGGAUCAAGGACAAUAACAAUGUAGAUGAUGAUGAUGAGGAUGAUGAAGGGUAAGAUGGCGGUAAUGAUUUGUGGUACCUUCAUGUGUCGUCUCAAUGAAUGCUGUACAGGAAUGUUUUCAUGAUGUGUUUAAUAACUUGCUGUACAGAGACGAUCGUCUGGGAUGAACCUAAACCGGAAAAAGGACAAAAAAGAUUUGUGAAUCGUUCCUUGAUUUUAUUGGAGUUUUUUUAUGUACUGUACACAGCAGUCACCUCUUCUUUUUUUUAUUAAAAUGAUUGCUUGUGUCAAUGAGUUGGACUCCUUGUUCGGACUGAAGUGAACUUGUGCCCAUGUAAUAGCAUGUAGGCCUACAAAUACAACAUUGCAAUUGGAAGGUUAUACAGGAUCAGAUAUUGGAAUAAGUUCAUAUUAAAUAAAGUAAUGCUUAUUGGUGUGAAGUAAUUAUUAGGGUUGAUUUGUCUAUUUUCACUGUGUUUAUUCCUUCACAGAAAAUUAAACCGUAAAGACUUCGACUGGUAUAGAUUAUCCAGUAGGGAUAAACCGGUAGUGUCGAGCAUGCGAUGCAUGACGGUGUCCAUUGUGGGGUGCUGUUUUACCAUAAGAACCAAGCACCUAAACGUAAUUACAGACGGUCCAAAUAUUUCGUUAUCGCGGUAAUACUUAUUUAUAAUCCUACAUUUAAAAUACAAUCUUGCAUUCCAUGAGUCUUAUGUGUAAUA